AUGCUCAGCCCCCUAACAGGCUCAGCCGCCAUAACCGGCGCAGCAAAAGGUAUCGGUCGAGGAGCCGCACUCGCGUUCGUGCAAACAGGAUGCCAGAAACUGCUGCUCGGCAACGUCGACACAGCCGGGCUCGAAGCAACCAAGGAUCUUCUUCUCAAGGCAGCAGUACCAGGCAUGGAACUGGAUGUGGAUACGACGUAUGUGGACAUAUCAGAUGAGACAUCCGUUGAAGCCUUCGUCCAACGAUGCGUCGCUCGUUUCGGCCGCUUGGACUACGCUCUCAACAUCGCUGGGAUCUGUCCAGCACGAACUCCAGUCGUGGACCUGGACGUUGCAACGUAUGAUAGAGUUGUCGAUGUUAACCUCUAUGGCACAUUCCCCUGCCACCGUGCCCAAAUCCGCCAAAUGCUACAACAAGCACCUAACAGCACAGGCACCCGAGGCAGCAUAGUCUCCACAUCCUCCAUGGCCGGUCUGAACGCCUCGCCUGGCGCAUCCCCCUACUGCAGCACCAAAUUCGGCAUUAUCGGGCUAGUCAAGACCGACGCCAUAGAUUGCGGUCCUCAAGGUAUUCGGGUGAACGCUGUAUGUCCGGGCUUCACGGACACGCCAGCGCUACAUGCCAUUUCGACGGCGGACCAGAGGGUGGCGUUGAGUAAAAUGAUCCCGUUGCAGAGGUUGGGCGAGGCGGAGGAUGUGGGGCGGACGUUUGCGUUUUUGUGCUCGGAGGAGGCGGGGUAUGUGAGUGGUGCGUCGUAUCUGUGUGAUGGAGGUGCGAUGGUGUUUCGACGGGGGUAG